GUUCGACACACUUUCUGUGUUUCCGUUUUGUUUUCCUUCCCUCCGGCGGUGCUGUGCGGAAGUCGGAGGCAGGUGCAUGAUCUCUGCCAAGGAGUUCAUGCCGUCCAACGAGAACUACUGUUGAGGUGCAAAAGAGGUGAUAGCUUUGCCGAUUUGGUGCUCUGUAGAGAUUUAGUUUCGGUUGGACAAGCCUCGCCAUCAAAACGCGGCAAGGAAAGUCGUCUUUCAACGGAAAAAAGACGAAUGCCCGAGACUCAGCCAGAAGGCACACCGGCAACUUGAUUGGUUGAAAGUCCAACGGAAUAUCAGAGCCAACACCAGCUGUACCGUUUCGAGCCGGCACUAGAGCCAGCAGCAGCACCAUCGCUUCUAGUCAGCGCCAGCCACGGCCCCGCAGCAGCUGCAGCAGCCAUGGAGAGUUCUGCGGACGAGCUGGUGCGCAGCAACCUGUCGGCCAUCCAGCAGGUCGAGCAGCGCAUGGAGAGCCUGGUGUCGCGCAUGACCUUCCAGCGCGACUCCCUGGAGCAGGUGUACGGCUCGAUGCGCGACGAGCACAAGAUCCUCAUGGACUCCAUCAGUCAUCUACUGCUGGUGCGUGCCAUCAAGGCUAGCGGGGAAUGCCCGGCAUCCAUAUCCACGCUGCCGCCACUGCUCAGCCGCCACCUGGAGCAGGACAUCAUACCGUCCCAGGAGGAGGAGAAGUACGAUUUUGACAUGGGCCGCCGCAUCAGCGGCGCGACGCUGGCCAACCGGAAGGCCUCCACCUCGUCACUGGGCGGCCAGACGGCCAAGCUGCUGAGCCGCUUCACGCCGCGGCGCAGCCGAGACGACGACAGCAACCCGAGUGCUGCUGCUGCUGCUCUGCUGGCGGACGACACAGCGUCGGUCGACGACUUCCACGUGCGGCGACGCCUGGAGAGCUUUGGUGGCAUCGUUCUGCGAUCGGACAGCACUCGCAUCAAGGAACGGGUAACACCCUCGAUAGGCUCGUUGCCCACGUCCCGGGUUUCGUCCUCGACGGAUAUCACCCUGCCGGUCACCCCGACCGCAGAGGCGGAUGACAGCGGGGGAAAGCGCUCGACCGUCAGCAAGCUGGCCAAGGCGUUCGGCAAGACGCAGCAGCAGUCCAGCAGCACCACAACCAUCGGCUCCCAGUCCGUCUCCAGCGGCAAUGCGGUAUCCACGACGACCAGCACCAGCACGUCGACCACGCCGGCCAAGAUGAGCUCGUUGGCGCGUGGCCCGAACGCCAAACUCACCAAGACGAACUCGCUGCAGGGCUCUGCUUCCUUGGAUGUGGCCAGUCAUAAUCCCGCAAUCGCCGCGACCCCUAGCUAUUGCGAGGAGCAAGACGACGGCAAGAAGCAGAGCAGCAGCAGCGGCAAGUCAUCAUUCCAGUUCGGUAUUCGCCGGCAGAAAGGCAAGCUGACGCGACAGACCGACGAGAACAGUCUGCCGGGGAGCACUCACGACAUCGCGUCCGCCGCCAACGGCCUCAACCUGCUCACGUCGAAGGAUGGCAGUCCUUCCAACCCGCCGCCUACGUCAAUGUCCUCGCUGUACAGCACCGCGAAGAUCACCAGCCGCUGGCUGUUCGGCGUCAAGCAGAAGCGCAGCGGCACGCACAAGGACGAGCGCAGCAAGUCGGUCAGCGACGGAAUGCUGGGCACGGACGUGGACAACAAGGACGUCGUCGGCAGCAGGAAGCUGGCGCCGGUGGCGCGGAGUGACUCCGACAAGCGCCGCUUCUCCGACUCCAUGCUAGACCGCGCCUCCGCCGGUGGCGACAAAGUGACAGUCAGAAAGGAGGCAGCGGGUGGGCCGUAUCGCCGGACCACUCCGCGUCUUAUGACAUCCGACUCUCCCGAACUGGCUUCCAAGAGGUCUAGCCAGACGGAUGAUCUGCGCGGAGGAGGAGGACCGCGAAACACGCCUGGCACGCAGGACACCUCAAGCCCACCGAACAAACUCCGCGCAGACUCCGACCCCGGCAAGAGGCAACAACUGGACUCGAACGACGACGCAAGUGAUGCCGCUGGGCCUACCAAAGUGGCCUCGUCGCCGCCCGUGUCGUCGAACAAGCGUAUCAACAAGACGCUUUCACAGGCGUCGAGCUCCAGCCACCUGAGCACGGAUUCGGCCGAGAUGAUAAGCGCCGGUGGGGCGUCCUCACUUGUCAAGGCCAAGAUCAAAUCAUUCCAGGACAUUGUCGAGAAAUCGGAGAAGAUCGACCCUGCGGCCGCAACGAAGGACAAGGAGACGGACCAGAAGCGGCUCAAGCGAACUCGCACGUUCAACGACGACUGGUGGCAGCAGAGAUCAGCCAGCCAGAAACCGUCAUCAGUCCACAAAUUAAGCAUCAACUGAAGUCGAUCGUGACUGCAGAGUGAGCAUAGGCAUUUCGUGCUUAACGUUAGUACAUCUGUGUGUGUGUGUGUGUGUGUGUGUGUGUGUGUGUGUGGAGUGCCAGGUGGCAUCACAGGCACGCAGCCAGGCUUAUCCAGUAGGGCUAGCGUUGCAAUAGCCGUAGCGUGACACACUUUGUGUAUGGGGGGUCCGAACUUUCCAGGCCCUAUACUCCGGACACACGGGGUGCUUGCAUGUGCCACGCAGUUGCGGCGUGCAGUGGUGCUUGGCAUGGAUGUGCGGUGACCCGAUUAGCUGCAAUAGCCACGCUCCGGGCUGCAGCUCCAUCAGCCGAGAUUCCUGCGUUUGUACGGCUGCCUAUCUGCAGCCCCUUCAGCCCAGAUUCCUGUGUUUGUACUCCUGCCGAUCUGCAGCCCCUUCAGCCGAGAUUUCUGUGUUCGUACCACUGCCUAUCAGACGGCAAGGUUUGCCGAGGGACCAGCAGCUGUGGGCGUUAUCCAUGCUAGCCAUGCUUCUCCCCAGUACUCCACUUGCCACACACACACACACACGCCGCCAUACGCCAAGCGCCGCUGGCCGCUGUUUUGCUACCGCUGCGUUGAGCAGCUCAGCGGCUUGAUGUACACCCGCGUUCACAAUCUCUGCUGGUGCUGCUGCUGCUGCUUUACUGUUUACACUUCUGCUUCCCCUUGGCAUGGUCCUUUUCUUAUACCGACUCUGUUGGCUUUUGCGGCUUUGUCCGCAAGGCCCCUCUGGAGGGUCUGCUUUUCAGACAUGUUUUUUUUUCACCAGAAUCUAACGAGAAACGAACGCGUGCGGGAGAUGCGUGCGCAGUGAACCUGUGAAUUUAUAACAAAAUUAUUUAUUUUAUACCAGACCGUCAACCUGUCAUAUCGGUAGUAUCUGAAAGUCAUUCGAAUAUAUUUGGCUUCUAAAUAUUGCCGCAAGCUUCCCUUUAUCCGAAUGUCGACUACUCGGCUAAUGCAACACUUGCAGAUACACAACGCACACACCCUUCUGUCUCGCAUGCGUGCGCUCACCUGUCUCUCUGUCUGUGUCUGUCUGUCUCUCUCUCUAUCUCUCUCUCUAUCUCUCUCUCUCUCUCUCUCUCUCUCUCUCUCUCUCUCUCUCUCUCUCUCUCUCUCUCUCUCUCUCUCCCUGAGACUGCAGCGAUGGCGUGCUGUCAUGCCGAGUGUCCUUGCCACAGCCACCCACGCAUGGCGCCAGAGUUCUGUCCCGUGUUUUCUUGCUGUUGCUGUAUGGCCUCGCUGUCCCCGCGUACAGACACUUUUGCCUCCUGCGGGUCCCUAGUUUCUGCUGCUUCUGCUGCGUGUACACGCUGUACAUCUCUUUGGCGAGUGUGUGGCUUGCCUAGUCUGUGCACAAUUAUUUAUUUUAUUACCAUGUUUAGUUUAUGUGCUAUUGAUGAUUGUGUGCUGUUGGCUAGCACAUAUGUCCUGUU